AUGGCGCAGCCUUCCAACAAGCGCAAACGUGGGAACGAUGAUCUCGGUCGCAACGUUAAGGAGAACAAGUCUACAAACCCCGAGGAAGACUUCUCGGCUUCGCUGCUACAGAUCGCCUCCGACGACAACCAGCGUACUGCCCAACAAGCUCUGUCUCACCAAGAAGUCCUUGCUCAGAGCGUUUCGUACCCAGAUCCUGCCUUUGAUGCAUCGGGUCUCGAUGCCUUCGGCAAUACCUCGCCUUCCCAAGCUCUGAGCACCCCACAGAACCACAACCUCUAUACUGGCGUAGGCCAGACUUCCAACACUGGCGAUGGCGUCAAACCUUCGGUCGGAACACCCGAAUGGCACCAGGCCCGUAAGGAUAGCCACAAAGAAGUCGAGCGGCGUCGACGUGAAGUCAUCAACGAAGGCAUCGAGCACCUUGCUAAGAUCGUCCCCGGUCCAGACAAGAACAAGGGAGCCAUUCUCCAGCGUACGCACAACUGGAUUACCGAUAUGCAGGAGAAGGAGCGCAAGUGGGAAAACGAGCGCCAGAUCACCCAACUUGCUCUCGAUGAACUUACCAAGCGUAACGAGACCCUCCGCAACUCCAACCGUCAAGCUUGGAAUGAGUCGAACAAGUGGCAGCAGCGUUGUCGUGAUCUCGGUGGAGAGUUCGAUGACUAUGACAGUCACGGACCCCAAUUUGAUGAUGCCAACGACCUCGACUCAUCUCUGCCAACAUCAUAG